UCUGUGUAUGACAGUUGAGACCGGUGACAUUCCUUAUUGUUCCAAAGACAUAACCAAACUUCAAACUAGGUUUAUUUGAAGAAAACAAAAAUGAAAAAAUGUUUGUAAAAUCAUUGUAAAACUUAGUGACCUCCACUUAACAAAUACCAUAUUUUUGUACGUACAAAAUUCAUGAUGAUAACUUUAUCUCAAAGGUUAAAAAGAAAAACCGAUACUGAGGGUACAACCUCAAGAGCCUCGAUAAGAGACAGGCUGUUAGUUAAAGAAGCCCAAGAAAUGUCUCAACUUCUACCCUCUUGCUGUUCUGUUGAUUACACAAACGAAAAUGACUUGAGUAGAUUUAUAUUAGCUGUAAAACCAACAGAAGGAUACUGGGAAGGAGGGACAUUUAAAUUUGAAAUAUGUGUCACUGAUGAAUAUAAUAUGGUGCCACCUGUAGUUAAGUGCUUAACAAAAUUAUGGCACCCAAAUAUCACUGAAUCAGGAGAAGUUUGCUUAUCAUUACUUAGAAGACAUAGUGUAGAUGGAAUGGGUUGGUCUCCAAUUAGAAGACUGAAUGAUGUGGUUUGGGGUCUAAACGCUUUAUUUACUGAUUUGCUAAAUUUUGAAGAUCCCCUCAAUGUAGAAGCUGCUGAUAUGUAUAGACAUUCUAAGGAAGAAUUUAAAAUAAAAGUCAUGGAAUACGUUGCUACUUACGCUAAAGAUUAGAGGAUUUCUCGUUUUUAUACUAUUUUGUACUUUUCGUUUGUAAAAAACACUGUUAUAUUUGUGUAAGUUUAAUAUUGGUGUAUAAAGAAGGGAUGUCCAAAAUAUAUCCGCUUAAUGUAAUAAGAGUAAGUAAAUAUUUGAAUUGGAUUUACCUCAUUAUAUAUUCAUCAAACAAAACUACUGCAACUUUAAAAUUAGUACUUAAUCAACUACACAGUAGUGUAUUUAUAAUAUAGCUUCCAACAGAUUAAAAAAUUAUAAAAAAGAUAAUGAUUUAAAUGUUUCACUCCAUAUCUGUGUAGUAUUUAAAAAAUAAAGUUUUUCUGAUAUACAUUUUUAUAUGCUAGAAUAAAAUUCAUUAAUGUGUUUUAUUUUUUGAAAAUUGAUAAAUAGGUACUAUGAUUUCAAAGGAGUUUUUUCAAUCUGCAAUGUUUGGUAAUUGCAAUGCCGAAUUCUAAUUUUUUCAAAAUUUACAUUUUCAUUGUUUAAUUAUUCAAUUUUUUCAAAUAUUCAUUUGUUUUUGAAAAAUAAAAUACUUCAAAUAUGUGCCUUAAAAUAAUUAAAAAAUAAAUAACCUGACACAUAUGGAAAUAUGAAAACUUACUUUUACCUUGAAAUUUUCUAUUAUCACCAAAUUUUUUUUCAAGAUAAUUUCUCAAGUAAUCGAUAUUUUGGAAUUUUUUGGAAACGUAAUACUCAAAAACUGUAAGGAUUUAUUUUGUACAUGUCUUCUAGAAAAUACUGUUUCGCUACCAUUGGCGUAGCUAGGCAUGGGCCCAAUCCCCAGUAAAAUCCCAAGAUUUCACCAAGGAUGACUGAUUAAUUUAAUCUUUUUCCACUUUCAAAAAGAAUGUGAUUUUGUUUAUUUAGGGCAUUACACGACGCCUUUUUUUAAGUGCGACUGUGAAGCCAUUUUUAUAGUUUCAAAGACAGAAAUCUUGGGAAGAAAAACGUUGGAGUGACUGUGCCCACGUCUAUUUUAGUCCAGGCUACGCCUCUGUUCAAUUUCAUAUCAAACAAGUACUGGGAAUGAGCCUGAAUUACAUAUUUUAUUUUUUUUAAUUGUAAAAACAGCAAAUGAACACAAUAUAGAUUUUUUUAAUGACAAAUAUUGCUCAAAUUUAAUUUUUGAAUCAUUAAUUCCCACUACUUUCUUGACUGUUCGUAUUUUCGCCAUCCUUGUACAUUUUGGUGUAUUUAUCGUCAAAUUUGUGGUUUUAUUUUCUUAUGAUAUGCAAAAGAUGUUCUAAAGUAUUUGCGGUGUCAACUUACCCUACCAUUUCUUUUAUAUUUUCUCAAUAUUAUGAAAUAAAAAACGUUUAGUUUUUGA